AUGUCGAACAACUUGGACGCUUAUGCGAUCUUCAUUGCCCUGGUUCUGUCCUUCAUCCCCAAGCUCGACCCGCUUUCCUCGACGUUCGCUAAUGUCGAAGCCGAGGUGUGUGCGACCCUGCUCCCGGGGCCCGCAGAGUGGAUCUCGCAUUGUUUUCUGAAGACCCUGAAGGCUGCCCAUUUCCCGAAGGAGGUGCUGGACAUCAUGUGGUCGUCUGUCGCUGCCCGGGCUCGCGCGGCGCAGUUCGAGGAUUCGGCCGAUGGAGGCUUUUGUGUCUUACAGCGCGCUGCGAGGCUUCGCCAGGCGAUGAGCCAGCCAGGGGACGACGCCCUUACGCAGGCAUGGUUCGACUACACGCAAGAGUGA